UCCGAAUCAUGUGAUUGACAAUCAACAUUCUCAAGUCGUCAAGAUGGUGGAACGUAAGGCAUUACCUCUCGUGAUUAUGACGGGGUUCUGGGGAGUUGUAGGAAUCGUUCUGCCAAUAAUUGUACAUUUUCUGAUGCGAGGAUCUCCAAACAAAGGGAUUGUCCAGUUGAUGCUAAUGAUGACCGCGGCUUGUUGCUACCUCUUCUGGUUAGUCGCUUUCCUUUUUCAACUGAAUCCUUUGCUCGGGCCUCAGUUAGACUCCAGUCUCAUCGCUUUUAUCCAGGCAGAGUGGGAAAAUAAUCCAGUCUCUCCAAACUAAGCAUUGAAAUGACAGUGUUAGAGUAGUGAAGUACCCCAGACAACUGUACACAGACUGUGCAUCAAUUAGUCGUAUCUAGUCACAUUCCUAGAGGUGUGCAGAGCUGAUUUGUAGUAUAAUCAUGUGUUUAUAAUAUAUAAAAAUCUUUCCAAAUGAAGGACUUUAAUUUUGAUUUUAUUUAUGGGGUUUUUCUUUUUCAUUGUUUCCUGUUAACAGGAAAUUUGUUUGUUGAACAAAACUUUAAAAAUCAUUUUAUACAUAUAUUUACAAACUGAGGACUUUCUGUUUUCGAGGUUAUUUGAUAUUUUCUAAGUCAAACAGCGAUAAAUUAAGUGAUGUAUGUAUAAUGCAUAUUUUUCAUGUUGGAUAUUCAUUGAAAAUUUCACUUCACUGCAAUUAUUUCAUUAUGUAUGAAGAAACAUGUCAUUGAUUGUAAUUGAUGUGUGUGGUUCUGUGGAAAUUUUUUUCUCAGAACAUCAUGUGACAUGAAUAUGUUCAUCACACAGAAUCGUGUGGAGUUGUAAAUAUUGACAUUGAAUACUUGUAUACAAAUUAAAUGUAUAUUCAGAAUAUUUGUUUUAAUUGUAUGGGUUUUAUGUAAUUUUUGCAAAAUUUUGUUGAAGAAUAAAUUCUUUAGAACUAUAA